AUGAAGCUUUUCCUAUUCAGUGUCCUGGUCACAUCAGCUGCCGCUUUUGCUCCUUUGAAUACUCCCAACAACAAUGCUGCACUUCGCCAGUCGUCCAGCACUGAAUUGAAGAUUGCCUUGGGUGGUAUCGGGGCCGACGGAUACGAUAUCUGGAGCGAGCUGCAAGGAUUAGAAGGUCCAAGUGUCUGCUACGGACCAGAGGGCAUCCUCAUCGGCAAGGAAGAGCUUGAAAUCAAGGAAUACGACAGUUUUGAUAUGUUUCGCGAUGCCUUGGCCCAAGCUGGACUCGACAAAGUUUUGAAACAAACUAACGAAAAGUACACUCUUCUCGCUCCAGUCAACUCCGGUAUCUUAGCUUUCAAAGACUACCUUAGCGAAGAUAUUCUCAAAUAUCACAUCAUCAAGGGUGAUGUCUUUUCGGAUGAGUUCAAUGGGAAGUACGAAACUCUGAAUGGCGAGUGCAUCACAGGACGAGUUGAAUUUCGCAAGGUUAUAGUCGACGACGCUUUAAUUGGACAAGAGAACAACCACACAUAUGGAACAAAGUACCCAACCGAUGUCAUGUGUGAAAAUGGCAUCAUCCAUGCCAUCAAACAUGUUUUGCUCCCUGGAUACCAAGCUCCUGAACAAUUUCGUCCCGAAGUCGCCUCUGGGGACAGAGAAAAGAAUUUCUUUGGAGGAGACGAUAAGCAAUAUUUCAACCAAGCAUAA